AUGCACGUCAAGCGUAACUUUCAGGUUACGCACACGAGUCCUGGAUCCCAGCAGGCGCGAGCAGAGCGUCUUGAGUUCUUGCCGCAAAAGAGGAGUACGGGGAACUCGCCACGGGCCCGCGGUCCCGCUUUCACCGACAGCGCACGCGUCUCUAGUCGAGUGCAAGUAUUCCAUACUGCGCUUGCUUUUUGCUCGGUUCAGGGUUGGUUGGCAGGACGCCCUGUCUGGUCCGCAACAAGGCAGUGCUCGCAACGCCCUGCCCGUGAACGCGGUAUGCGCUACUUACGGGUGCAACGUACCAGGGGCAUCGCACUGAACCUCUACGGCAAUCAAGCCUUACCCAGUGAUGAAGCGUUGCCCCCAGGCAUGCCACCGCCGGUGUCGAGUUGGUUUCCCGGACAUAUCGCUAAGGCGAUGCGAGAGCUGCGCGACCGUCUCUCCCUGAUCGACGUUGUCAUCGAGGUCGUUGACGCCCGAAUCCCUCGAACAACGUUUCCGCAAUUCGUUCACGAUAUCCUUGGCACAAAAAGCCGCGUCAUUGCGCUCAAUCGUACGGACAUGGUGCCCGUUGCUGCAAGCCGACACUGGCUCGCUGCGUUUCGACGUGGUGCACUGGACCGCGCGAGCGCAGCGUCCCAAGUCGAGCACCAGGCGAAUGCACCCUGUUACCCAACCGAUGGUAAGCUUGGAACCGGCAUUCCUCAACUACGGCGUGCGUGCAUUGCUGCAGGGAAAACCGUGAAUGAGCGGAGGGCGCGUCGAGGCCUGCUUUCUCGACCGAUUCGUGUGGCGGUCAUCGGCUAUCCAAAUGUUGGAAAAUCAGCGGUGAUCAACCGGCUCUGCAAUCGCCGAGCAGCGGUAUCUGCUGCACGUCCCGGGGUCACGAGGCAGCUCCAGUGGGUUCGGAUCGCCCAGGAUCUGGAACUGCUGGAUACGCCAGGCGUCAUUCCACCGAAACUCGAGGAGCAAGAUGCUGCGUCGCGGUUGGCCAUGUGUGACGAUAUUGGUGAGACGGCGUACGAUGUGGAGCGCAUCGCGAGCCUCCUGAUCGACACGCUGCUGACGCUGGAUGGAUCCUCCUGGAUUGAGCAUCCGUCGCUGCCAGCCAAUGAGCGGCACGCUGUUCGAUCAAUCUUGCAACAUCGGUAUGGGUUUACGGAUUUCCAGAAUGGCGAGGAUUUUCUCUAUCUUGCGGCAAGGCAGUGCACGCAGAGGGACGUGGACAAAAUGGCUCGUCGCCUGCUGACUGACUUUCGCCAACUUCAUUUGGGGCGAAUUUGUCUGGAGCCCUGCAAAACCGACUGA